CCUGCAGUACCAGCACUUUGCAUCUGGCUGUGUGCAAGCAGCUUCUAUUGUAGACCCGAUACGGACUAUUAUUCUUUUAAACAAUUUAAAACACAAUUUCUUGCAGAAGUCAUCACCAUGAGCACUCUGAACCAGCAGUAUGAGGAGAAGGUGCGUCCCUGCAUUGAUCUCAUUGACUCUCUUCGCUCUCUGGGUGUGGAGAAGGACUUGGCGCUGCCUGCUAUAGCCGUGAUUGGAGACCAAAGCUCGGGGAAGAGCUCCGUGUUAGAGGCGCUGUCUGGGGUGUCUCUUCCAAGAGGAAGUGGCAUUGUGACAAGAUGCCCUCUCGAACUGAAGAUGAAGAGAAGAAAAGAAGGAGAGGAGUGGUAUGGAAAGAUAAGCUACCAGGACGAUGAGGAGGAGAUAGAAGAUCCUGCAGAUGUGGAGGAAAAGAUUCGAGAAGCUCAGAAUGAAAUGGCCGGGCCUGGGUCAGGCAUCAGUGAAGACCUGAUCAGUCUGGAGAUCGCCUCUCCUGAUGUUCCAGAUCUGACGCUCAUUGACCUGCCCGGCAUCGCCAGGGUGGCUGUAAAGGGACAACCAGAGGACAUUGGAGACCAGAUAAAGAGACUGAUACAGAAGUUCAUCAAGAAACAAGAAACCAUCAGCUUGGUGGUUGUUCCAUGCAACGUGGACAUAGCAACCACAGAGGCUUUGAAGAUGGCACAGGAAGUGGAUCCUGAUGGAGAGAGGAGUUUGGGUAUCCUUACCAAGCCUGAUCUGGUGGACAAAGGUACAGAAAACACAACGGUUGAAAUUGUCCAUAAUGAGGUCAUCCACCUGAAGAAGGGCUACAUGAUCGUCAAGUGCAGGGGUCAGAAAGAGAUCACAGAGAAUGUGUCUCUUACUGAAGCAAUAGAAAGAGAGGAAGCUUUCUUCAAAGAUCAUGCAUAUUUUCAGAUUCUCUAUGAUGAAGGUCAUGCCACUGUUCCUAAACUGGCUGAAAAACUCACCCUUGAGCUGGUGCUUCAUAUCCAGAAAUCUCUGCCUCGACUGGAAGAGCAGAUAGAGAAGAAACUAAUACAGACUCAGACAGAUCUGGACAGAUAUGGCAACGGACCCCCAUCUGACCCAGCUGAGAGACUCAGUUUCCUCAUUGAUAGAAUGACAGCGUUUACACAGGAUGCUAUAAGCCUCACCACAGGGGAGGAACUCAAAUUUGGAGUCAAGGUCAACAUCUUUUCCACACUGAGAAAAGAGUUUGCGGUAUGGAAAGAGAUCAUAGAAAGCUCUGGAGUAACAUUCAACUGGAAUAUUGAGAGAGAGGUGGUUCAGUAUGAACGAAAGUAUCGUGGAAGAGAACUGCCAGGAUUUAUCAACUACAAGACUUUUGAGGGGAUGGUCAAGGAGCAGAUCAAACUGCUGGAAGAGCCUGCUGUCCUAAAACUGAAGGAAGUGGCAGAAAUUGUGAAGAAAGAGCUGUUUAAGGUGGCAGAGAGCAGCUUUGUUGGAUUCCCGAACCUCAUCAGAACAGCCAAGGUGAAGAUUGAAGAAAUCAGAAAGGAAAAGGAGAUUGUAGCGGAGUCCAUGCUGAGGACUCAGUUUAAGAUGGAGUCGAUUGUUUACACUCAGGACAGCAGAUACAGCAAGAAGUUAGGGAAGCGGAAGAGAGAGGAUGAACCGGUUUUGGGUGGUUUUAGUGUUGCACUAGGGCAGAAGAGCACCAGCAACACUGUGGGCAACAGUGGGGCCACCCUGAAAGAGAUGAUCAAACACCUUAAAUCCUACUACCAAAUUGCUGGCCAACGUCUGGCUGACCAGGUCCCCCUGGUGAUCCGCUAUCAGAUGUUGCACGAGUCUGCCAUCCAGCUGCAGAGGGAGAUGCUGCAGAUGCUUCAGGACAAGGAGAAGCUGAACUCCCUGCUUCAAGAGGACUCUGGCAUAAAAAACAAGAGAAUCCAACUUCAGCUUCGUUUCAACCGUCUGACAAAGGCACGCAUUCUGCUGACUAACUUCAGUAUGAACAUAUACAACUUCAACACAACAGAACACCAAGACAUGGAAGAACGCCCUUGCCUGGAAGAUGAAUAUGGUUUUUAACAUUUAACACAGUCAUUUAUGUUGUUUAAAGUAAAAUGUAGUAAGUCUGUGGAUCUUGUAACAUUAUCGGAUUUUAUAUCCAGGUCUGAUUAUGUUUUUUGAGAUUUUUCAUUUAUUUUGCUCAUGUUUUAUAACAUAUUAUUAUUUCCCAAUAACAUGCCAAAUAUACAUUUACACAAGGUUCAAAAAGAUGGAUUGUUGUUGAUGUUGGUUGCUAUUUUGUUUUAGUUUUGUUUUAGUAUUUUUUGAGUAGUAGAGUUUUGUUUUUGUUUUUGGUUUUUUGGGCAGACAUCCUACAUAAAUCUACAAGGACUGAGCACAAAUGAAAUUAUUUACAUGAUUUAGCUUCACAGCCACGUUCAUUGAUCAUAUAGAAAAAAUACAUGUGUAACUAAUAACAUUAAUAGGGAUGACUCAGUUCCAUUGAAGUGUCCCAGGUGCCAUCAGUGCAAGAGGAUCCAGCAGGAGGAUGGUGGGUCUACUCCUGUAGUACCUUCUGUCUUUUGAAGCACUUUUCUCAUGAGAUCUUGAGGAAGAUCUAACACCACCAAACCUUUGAGUUGCAUUACUGUAACAUUAGGUAAGAGCCCACGGACCAGUCCCAAAACUGUGUGUUUCACACUGUGUACAGGGUGAAAAAAAACAAAACAAGUUAGCUGAUAAAUGUGGAGUUAAACUGGUUGAUUGGUUUAGUGCUAAUGAUAUUAGCUGUUAGUCCUGAAUUGUAACACCAUGUGUUAGACACUGUAAUGUGUACAUAACCUAUCCUCUGAAAUAAAACUGAAGACAAACUGUAAUCUUCUCUUGUAUUGUCAAA